GUCGCCGUGACCAUGGCAAUCGUCGUGUGUUUUUUGACGCACUCGUCGAGUUUUUCAAGUGUAGAUGCAAUAUAUGGAAAUUGCCCGGAGAUUCAGGGGACGUACUUGCAGUUUGCGACAUCCGAUCACGACAUCACGUGUUCUUCUUGGGUGGCGAAGAAGGUCCCCCCUCGAGUGGACAUUUAAAUCUGACAGGCAGCCAGCACUGACAUACUAUAUUUUUAUCGUUCAUCGUUGAAUGCUGUAAUAUAAUCUUUUAACAUGAGGGAAAUCGUACACCUUCAAGCCGGACAGUGUGGUAACCAAAUCGGAGCGAAGUUUUGGGAGGUGAUCUCUGGCGAGCAUGGCAUAGAUCCCACUGGGGUAUACAGUGGCCAUUCCGACCUUCAACUCGAAAGAAUUAAUGUCUAUUACAACGAGGCGUCAGGUGGAAAAUAUGUCCCCAGAGCUUGUCUGGUCGAUUUGGAACCGGGAACGAUGGAUUCGGUGCGCUCAGGACCAUUUGGACAGAUUUUUAGACCAGACAACUUUGUAUUCGGCCAAAGUGGGGCUGGAAAUAACUGGGCCAAAGGACAUUACACCGAAGGAGCUGAACUUAUAGACUCUGUUCUCGACGUUGUCCGUAAAGAAUCUGAAGGAUGCGAUUGCCUGCAAGGAUUUCAACUCACACAUUCUCUUGGAGGUGGAACUGGCUCUGGAAUGGGUACCCUGUUAAUUUCAAAAAUCCGUGAAGAAUAUCCUGACAGAAUCAUGUGCUCGUAUAGUGUGGUACCAUCACCCAAAGUCUCAGACACUGUUGUUGAGCCAUAUAAUGCAACUCUCUCUGUCCAUCAACUCAUUGAAAACACAGAUGAAACCUAUUGCAUUGACAAUGAAGCUCUCUAUGAUAUCUGUUUCCGAACCUUGAAAUUGCCCACACCCACUUAUGGUGACUUGAAUCACCUUGUUUCAGCUACCAUGAGUGGUGUGACCACCUGCCUAAGAUUCCCUGGUCAGCUGAAUGCAGACUUGCGAAAGCUUGCUGUCAACAUGGUACCAUUCCCCCGACUUCAUUUCUUCAUGCCUGGCUUUGCCCCACUCACCAGCCGUGGUUCAGCCCAAUACCAAGCACUCACUGUGGCAGAACUCACCCAGCAGAUGUUUGAUUCCAAAAACAUGAUGGCAGCUUGUGAUCCUCGUCAUGGUCGAUAUCUCACAGCUGCUACAAUGUUCCGUGGCCGUAUGUCCAUGAAGGAAGUCGAUGAGCAAAUGCUGAACGUCCAAAACAAGAACAGCUCCUAUUUUGUGGAAUGGAUUCCGAACAAUGUGAAGACUGCUGUCUGUGAUAUCCCACCAAAGGGUUUGAAGAUGUCUGGUACCUUUAUAGGAAACAGCACAGCCAUCCAAGAGUUAUUCAAACGAAUCAGCGAGCAGUUCACUGCUAUGUUCCGUCGCAAAGCUUUCUUGCAUUGGUACACAGGAGAGGGCAUGGAUGAAAUGGAAUUCACUGAGGCUGAAUCAAACAUGAAUGACUUGGUUUCUGAAUAUCAACAAUACCAAGAAGCUACAGCUGAGGAAGAAGAAGAAUUUGAGGAAGAGGACCCGGAAGAAGAGGAAGCUAAUUGAAUAUCAAUAACUAACCCAAUUUAAGAAAAUAAUUAUAUGAUAAAAUUGAAAUGGGAUAAACUUUUGAAUUUAACACUAGCUAGUGUUCCAAUUAAUAUUUAUUAUAUACCAAUUAAAAUGUUGAACAUUU